ACUCGCUUCUGAUUCCGCGGAGUGAGCUCGUUCCCCGACCAGCCAGAGCCAGCGCGCUUCUCCAGCUGCUGGAGGAACCGCAGGAGCGUGUUUUUCCCUUGAAAUUCCUUGGCAUAACCAACUGCUUACCUUGUUUUGACUUUUUUCCCCCCCAAACAUUUUUGUGAGUUGAAGAGGGAAAUCAUCUUCAAUCACUCGAAAGGGUCCGUGGAUUUCGGGUUUUGUUCCUUCCCGUUUUCAACUCUCCAGCCACCCCAGCCCAAUCAUGGUGAUGUUCAAGAAGAUCAAGUCUUUCGAGGUGGUCUUUAACGACCCCGAGAAGGUGUACGGCAGCGGGGAGAAGGUGACCGGCCGAGUGGUGGUCGAGGUGUGUGAAGUGACCCGCGUCAAAGCUGUCAGGGUCCUGGCUUGUGGAGUGGCCAAAGUCCUGUGGAUGCAGGGGUCCCAGCAGUGCAAGCAGACCUCGGAGUACCUGCGCUACGAAGACACGCUCCUCCUGGAGGACCAGCCCACAGGUGAGAAUGAGAUGGUUAUCAUGAGACCUGGAAACAAAUAUGAGUACAAGUUCGGCUUUGAGCUUCCUGAGGGGCCUCUGGGAACAUCCUUCAAAGGAAAAUAUGGGUGUGUGGACUACUGGGUAAAGGCUUUUCUUGAUCGCCCCAGUCAGCCAACGCAAGAGACAAAGAAAAAAUUUGAAGUGAUGGAUCUAGUGGAUAUCAAUACUCCUGAUUUAAUGGCACCAGUGUCUGCCAAAAAGGAGAAGAAAGUUUCCUGCAUGUUCAUUCCUGAUGGGCAGGUGUCUGUGUCUGCCCGAAUUGACAGAAAAGGAUUUUGUGAAGGUGAUGAGAUCUCCAUCCAUGCUGACUUUGAGAAUACAUGUUCCCGAAUCGUGGUUCCCAAAGCUGCCAUCGUAGCCCGCCAUACUUACCUGGCCAAUGGCCAAACCAAGGUGCUGACACAGAAGUUGUCAUCAGUUAGAGGCAAUCACAUUAUCUCAGGAACCUGUGCAUCAUGGCGUGGCAAGAGCCUUCGGGUGCAGAAGAUCAGGCCUUCUAUCCUGGGCUGCAACAUCCUGCGUGUUGAAUAUUUCCUGCUGAUUUAUGUUAGCGUCCCUGGCUCCAAGAAAGUUAUUCUUGACCUGCCCCUGGUAAUUGGCAGCAGGAGCGGGUCAAGUCUGAGCAGCCGGACAUCCAGCAUGGCCAGCCGAACCAGCUCCGAAAUGAGUUGGGUAGAUCUAAACAUCCCUGAUACCCCAGAAGCUCCUCCUUGCUAUAUGGAUAUCAUUCCUGAAGAUCACCGUUUGGAGAGCCCCACCACUCCUCUGCUAGAUGACACAGAUGGUUCUCAAGACAGCCCUAUUUUUAUGUAUGCUCCUGAGUUCAAGUUCAUGCCACCACCUACUUACACUGAGGUGGAUCCCUGCAUCCUCAACAACAAUGUGCAGUGAGCAUGUGGAAGAAAAGAAGCAGCUGUAUCUACUUGUUUCUUUCCGCCUUUUCUCGGACUCCUACUUUUUCAGAGACUCAAUGGUCUCUACAGUGGGAGUUGGUCCACUCCAGCCUGACUCCCCAGUGUAGGAGGUGAUCAGCAGGCAGUCUCCUGAGCCUUAAAGGGUGCACACUCAUCCUCCGCCAGCCAAGAUGUUGUGAUAUUGGGGUGUUUGUUAGAUGGGUUUAAAAACACACUAGAAAAACUUAGGCCCAUCCCAUUUUCUGAGAUCUUGAAAACUGAGGCAUAUUCAGUAGUUUUGAGUUCAGGGGUGGAAGGGCCUCCUGGUAUGUUCUUCCAAAGACUUUUUGGAGGGGAAUAUAUAGAUUAUUAUAAGGAUAUCAGACCUUGAACUUCUGUACCAUGUGGAACAAAGACAAUUUAGCAAACUGGGAAAAUGAAAAGGAAAAGAAAUCACAUUCAGAACUUUGGGAAAAGGAGGUUCUUAAAAUCGUCUUGGCCCUUUGUUUGUA